UUUGUCUGGAUUGCCUGUUCCCAUAGACUGACCUUUUAUCACUUAGCUUUGUUCUUAAGAUUGAUUUAAAAUGUAAAAGAAAAGGAAGACGCCUGGGUGGGUGGGACGUCCAAUCUAAACCCAGCCCAGUGAUCACAUUAUCUGGGCUCUGAUUAGGUUAGGACGUUGCCCAGGUAUAAAGCCAGGAUCUUUGGGCCCUGGUUUCAUUUGGAGUUCAGCCACCAAGAGGAAACCUUCCUCUGAGUCCUGGAGUAUUUGGCCCGGAACUAGGAAUUUGCGAGUUGCUGCUCCAGGGCGCUCCCUGCGGAGAAUUGGCGGCCCGCCUCUCAGCCGAUCUUUUCCCGGCGUCCCCACGCGGGGCGCAACCGCUAGAGAGGAACGUCGGUCUCACCGCCCGCGCCCAGGGCAGCGCCAGUUCCCCGGCCCAGGCCGCUCCAGGAGCCAUGAGCUGCGGUCGCCCCCCUCCCGACGUGGACGGCAUGAUCACCCUGAAGGUGGAUAACCUGACCUACCGCACCUCUCCCGACAGCCUGAGGCGCGUGUUCGAGAAAUACGGGCGCGUGGGCGACGUGUAUAUCCCGCGGGAGCCGCACACCAAGGCGCCCCGGGGCUUCGCCUUCGUCCGCUUCCACGACCAGCGCGAUGCGGAAGACGCCGAGGCCGCCAUGGACGGGGCGGAGCUGGACGGACGCGAGCUGCGGGUGCAGGUGGCGCGCUAUGGCCGCCGGGACCUGCCUCGCAGCCGCCAUGGAGCGCCACGCAGCAGGGCCGGGGGCGGCGGAUACGGACGGCGGAGCCGCAGCCCCAGGCGGCGACACCGCAGCCGAUCCCGGGGUCCGAGCUGCUCCAGGUCCCGCAGCCGAUCUCGCCAUAAGGGGUCUCGCUAUAGCCGGUCUCCCUACAGCCGAUCUCCUCACAGCCGGUCGCAUUACAGCCGCUCUCCCUACAGACGAUCUCGCUAUAGCCGAUCUCCUUACAGCCGAUCUCGCUACAGCCGAUCUCGCUACAGGGAAUCUCGCUACAGCGGAUCUCGCUACAGCUCAUCUGGUUACAGUCGCUCUCGCUGCAGCCGCUCUCGCUACGGCCGAUAUCACAGCAGCCGGUCUCACUCGAAGUCUGGGUCCUCCACUGGCUCUCGCUCUGCAUCAACCUCCAAAUCGCGCUCUGCGCGACGAUCCAAGUCCUCCUCGGCCUCCAGGUCUCGCUCACGGUCCAGGUCUUCAUCCAUGACUGGGAGUCCUCCCCGGGUAUCCAAGAGGAAAUCCAAGUCCAGGUCUCGAUCCAAGAGGGCCCCCAAGUCUCCUGAAGAGGAAGGACAGGUGUCCUCUUAAGAAAAUGAUGCAACAGCAAGCAACGUAAUGGAGGACUUGGGGAAAAGGAUCACAUACUCAGUCCCUGAAAGCAGAGUCCCUGGAAGAAGGGACUGCCUAUUGAAAAGGUUGUGUCGUACUUUUCUACCUUUUUACUAGUUUGAAGCUUUGCAUCAGGUGGCAAAAUUCAUUCUAUGUGCUGUUUUGUUGUUAUUCACAUUUUCUUGUAAUUUAGGAGGCGAACGACCUAAGAUUGCAUUUUGGGUUUGGAUAUUUGAGGCAAAAAUUUAUUUUUAUUUCUAUAGAGCUGACUGUUUAGGUUUGAAAUGAACAGAUUGGUAACCUAAUUUGUGGCCUCCUGACUUUUAAGGAAACUUGUGCAGGCAUUACACACAGCCUAACGCUGUUACCACAUUGCUUCAACAUUGCCUUCGUUCCUUAAAGUUAAAACCCUACAAAAGGUGUUGUAAAUUAAUAUUUUAUCUCCAAGUCUGAAACGUAGUAUCACCCAAAUUCGUAUAAAGAUUUUUCAUGUGAAAGGACUGGGUUUUUAGCAAACACAAUUCUAAUCUCUUCUGUGUUUUUGUGCACCAGGCCUGGCUGCCUAGCCGUUGAGUGAUGCUGGUUAGUUAUUAAGGUGGCCUGUUGCAGUGCAGAGUGCUGAGCUGCUUCCUGUUUUCUUCUGAUUGCUUCUGGGGAAACACGCCUUGUCCUGAAGAACAAAUGGCUGUCCAGUUUAUUAAAAUGCCUGUCAACUGCACUUCCAGUGACUCAGGCCUUGCAGAUAAAUAAUGGAGCAUGCAGUGAGCACAUCUAGCUGAUGAUAAUCACACCUUUUUCCCCAUCUUUUCUGAAAAAUUGUAAAUCUGAUCAUAACAACAUGUAUGAACUUAAAAUAUGGAGAAUCUUAUGGAAGAAAUGGUUUAUAAGUUUGUUAAGUACUUAUAACAUGGUAUAUCUUUUUGAUUUUUUUUUUUACGCUAACCAUUGUUUCUGCAGUUUAAAUUGUUUUCUUGGUGUUACCUUUUCUCAAAAUAAAAUUAGAAAUUUUUGGUGGAAAGUAAGUUGUUUUAUUUUCUGUAUAACUUGGAUAUUUGUACUUUUGAGAAAAUUGUUAGCACCAAGUGUUUCUCAAGAGUUAAUUAUAAUUUUUAAA